AUGAAUACAGAUACCACAAUAAUUAUCUCAGAAGACAGAGGCUGGGGGACUGAGCAGUCUGACAUAGAUGUGCUUGGACAGUGCUUCACCAAGGAGCCUGUCUCCCCUCCCAUGAUACAAGAUUCAGAAUGGUUUGUGUUGAGUCCACAAGAGAAAUUGGCCUGAGUUAAAGCAUCUAGAGACCCUAGGAUUGCUUCAGAUCAGCAGUCCCCAUUGGAGAAAAAAUAUUGGAAUCUUGGUGGUGUACUUACAAAAGCAGCAAGACAACUGAUAACUCAAAAAAAUCAAGAAAAGUUUCAGACACUCUGUAGGGAGCAAGAUCUUUCCCUUGACCACUGGCUUGUCCAAGUGGAGUCUUAUUAUAAUAAAAGAUUGGUGGAAAUGAUGAAGGAGCAAGAGACAGGCAAUGGAAUUGAAAAGAAAUGGGAGGGGAAGCCAACCCAAAGCACAGAGAGACAGAAACGGCACCACUUGGUGCCUGAGAGAGAGCUGAGACGCACAGAGGGGCACAUGCAUGGAGCAGGACAGGUCAGGGAACUAACAAAGAAAACGUUUAGACAAUUACGACCUCCUACUGAAACAACGUUCCCAGACAUUGUGCCAGAAGGGCAUGGUGUCCAGAAUGCACAGAGAAGAAAAUAGGUAAAUGAGAGGGAGCAGGCACAAAUGAAAGGUCACCAGGAACGCAUGAUUCAAGGACGAGAACUGGUGGAGCAGAGGUUCAAGGAGAGAGUGUUGAGAAGAAGCCAGAACCAGCUGUGCACAGCCGAGAAGCACGAGAGGAUGAAGACAAAGGUCAAAGGGUUUAAAAGUGUUACCGCAUACCCCCUUUUCCAGCCAUGUGGAAGUCGGAUUAAAGUGAAUGUUUUAAUGAAAAAGUCUCAGAAUAAAGAAGAGAAUACAAGUAUAAAACCUUAUCAAAGAAAAUUCUUAACUCUGUCACCCUUUCUGAAAAGUCAAAUAAGACAAAAGAUUAGUCAAGUUUCCGUGCUUUUCUGAUAAAAUCAUGUCUCUUAAAUGAACCUUUUUUUUUAAUGCUAGUUCUCAACCUGUCCCCAGAGUUCAGUGAAUAGUCCUAUUUGUCUCAGCUACAGAAAUACCGGAUAGCUCUGGCCUUGAACACUAGCUCAGGUAUUUUUAGUUUGUUAAGUUGAUUUUAUUCUCUUUGAUGUUCAGUUUUAUCAUCUAAAGUGGGGUUAAUAAUGUUUUAUAAUUUUUCUGGGUGGAUUAUGAUUUCUGUGAAGCAUAUGUUUCAUAAAUGUUAGUUUCUCCACUUGGCAAGACCUGGGUUGGACAAUGAAGGUGAAUAAGGAAUUGUUCUCAUCUGCUUCUCCCAUUCCCCUUGCUCCCAACCCUGGAAGAUUAUCUUGAUGGAAUUGCUGUAGGUAAGUAUAUAGUCUUUCAUUUCCCCUUCAUUCCUUUAUCAGGGAACUGUUAACCGUGCCCAGAAAGUCUAAUGUGCACCAUGCCAUUUUGUAUGAAACUUAAUUUUGAGAACUUCUUUUGUGCCAGGCAUUGUUAGUUCUGGGAGUGAAUAAAGAGAAGUCUCUGCCCUUGAGUUUACAACUCAUGGCAUAGAUCACUCUAAGCAGAUAAUAAGAUGUGGUGAGGGUUAUGGUAGAAGUGUGCAGAGGAGAUGUACAGAAGAGGGUCACCUAACCUGGACUAGGUGAGCAGAGUGAAAAGGGAAGUCAGAGAAGGGAGUGUGGUAGUCUCUCGGUUUUCUUCCAGCUCCACACUUUGGCACUUUUUAAAAAAUACGUCUUUAUUGAUUUUUUAGAAGAAAGGAGAGAGAUACAAACAUCGAUGUGAGAGAG